AUGUCGUCUUCGCCUGCGAGGCCCACCUCUUUGGGUAAUGGAGUUGUGGUCAUAAAUAAAACCAGAAUUUUGUUAUUGAUAUCGCUGAUAGCAACAUGGUGGAUAGCCCAUUUUGUUCCGCGAUAUCGACCGGUUGUGGAAGAACAUAUCAAAGGAAGAAUAUCUUCUGCGGUCGACAAGAUCCCCGCUGUCAAAGUAGACUGGUAUCCCUACCAUGACCCACGCGAGCAAUUCAAUGCUUCGAAAGUGGCCCUUCUUAUUGAAGGCAGACCAAUUCCUCACCUGGUCCCGCAACUUCUACAUAUGAUAUCUGUUUUGCCGCCGGAUUGGCGAUUCAUGUUCAUCGGCACAAAUAAGAGUGUCACAGCAGUAUCCCGCAGUUUUGCAACACAAUAUCAUGAGGCUAAUGGCAAGUUGGAUUUGCUGGUUCUUCCUAAGCCGUGGAAGAUUGAUAGUAAGGAGGAUGUAUUCAGGUUGCUUACGGAUCUACGUUUCUAUGAUGAAUUUUUGCCAGAUGUCGAAUGGCUACUCAAGUACGAGUCGGAUAGUAUGAUGUGUGGAAACUCGGAAGAGAGUUUGAAUGACUGGCUAGAUUAUGAUUGGGCUGGUGCUCCUAGAAUUGCGAAUGAUCAUUUUGCAGGAAAUGGCGGACUUUCAUUCCGAAGAAUCUCGACGAUGAAGAAAAUCCUCGGGUUUCAAUCCCGCAUCAACGACACGGCUCCCGAGGAUGAGUGGUACGGCAAACGCAUCACAUUAUUACCCGGAGCACGAGUGGCGAGUGGUGAGAAAGAAGACCAUUUUUCAGUCGAAGAUCGAUAUCAUGAGAAACCCAUGGGAUACCAUGUACGAGAUGGAGGAGGAGUGCUUCCGGAAGAUGUAUGGAAGGAUCCGGAUCAGAGAAAGAAGAUCUUUGAUUAUUGUCCGGAAUUGGCUAUGAUAAUGCCAAUGAAGUUGGAAAAGGAGAGAUGUCCAGGAGAUAAUAGGAAGGGCGAGAUUAUAAAGGAUAAGGAUGAGAAAGAUGGUAAAUGA